CUCCCGCUAUAAAAGAUCCGGCCACCGAGGUGUUGGCAUCAGUCACUGACCACAGCACUCAGCAUCAUGCACUUUGUGAUCCUCGCCGCCCUGGCCUCCGUGGCCCUCGCCGCCCCCGGCUCCAGCGAAAGGGAGGCGCCCAUCCUGAGAGACGACCGCAUCCGGGAGGACGACGGCAGGUACAACUUUGAGGUGGAGACCGGGAACGGCAUCUCCAUCUCCCAGUCCGGCUCACCGGGGGAGGAAACCGGCGCCAUCAACAAGGCCGGCCAGUACUCCUACACGGCUCCUGACGGCACUCGGGUGGAGAUGAAGUUUGUGGCCAACGAGAACGGUUUCCAGCCGGAGUCUUCCCUGCUGCCCGUGGCCCCCGAGUUCCCCCACCCCAUCCCGCAGUUCGUGCUGGACCAGAUCGCCUUUGCCGCCGAGCAGGACGCCAGACGCGCCCGCGGAGACCUUACCAGCAGCGAGGAGCGAUACUUAUAGUGGUCUUGCCCCUUGAUAAUAGGUGACCCCGGCCGACAUCGAUACUCACUGAGCGUAUCCGUCAUAUUUAUUGCAAUGUGUGUGUGAGAGAUCCUGUGUGCGUCCAAUAAAGCAUAAACUCCAAGGCA